AUGAUUGCUGCAGCUGUUAAAUUCCGGCCGUGUAUCGACAUUCACAAGGGCAAGGUGAAGCAGAUCGUUGGCUCCACACUCCGCGACCUGCCCUCCCAAGACUCAUCAGCCACCGCCUCCUCUUCUUCCUCCUCUUUUGAGCCUGUGACCAACUUUGAGUCAGAUCGCAGUGCAGCAGAGUAUGCGAGCAUGUACGCCGCUGACUCGCUGCCAGGAGGCCACGUCAUCAUGCUGGGGGCCGAUCCAGCCAGUCAGGAGGCAGCUCUUGGGGCGCUGAACGCCUUCCCAGGUGGGCUGCACGUGGGUGGAGGCAUCACUCCAGAGAACGCUGAGAUGUACCUGGACGCAGGGGCCAGCCACGUCAUCGUCACCUCGUACGUGUUUCGAGAUGGCAAGGUGGAUGAGGAGCGGCUGCGCAGGAUGGUGAAUGCAGUGGCACCCGAGAGACUGGUGCUGGACCUGAGCUGCAGAAAGAAGGGCGAGCACUACUAUGUGGUGACGGACCGCUGGCAGCGCUUCACAUCGCUGGUGGUGGACGGCGAGUCGCUGGCGCGGCUGGCCGACUGCUGCGAUGAAUUCCUCGUGCACGGCGUGGACGUGGAGGGCAUGAAGCUUGGCAUUGACGAAGAGCUGGUGUCUCUGCUUGGGAAAUAUUCACCG